AUGCGGAUCCAGGCAGCCAUGAUCACACUCUUUCUGGCCAGACUCUACACGCAACACUUGAUGUGGUUCAAGAAUGGCUUUGUGAAGAAGAAUGAAGGACAACACUACCUCAAUGGCGUACCUGAACAAGCAGGAUGGCUCCAAGGCCUUUUAUCUAAUGACACUGACUACCAAGAUAUAGAGGCUGUGUCUGCACCAUGGGUUGAGGUUGACAGCCCAGUAUAUAGCAGGCAAGGAGAAUGUGGAGGCGGAUUUGGCAUCUCAUUGCACAUUUACAAAGAACUUGUGAAAGCUGUCUUGUCCAGCUUUUCAAGCUAUCUAACAGACAUGGGGUCCUCAUUCCAUGGACUUAUUUGCAGUCUGGCUGACCCACCUUCUCCCAACUUUUGUUUCAUGGAGACCAGACCCAAAGGCAACAUACUUGCACAAGAUCUGGCAAGAGUACAUAGUGACAACAGUAGUAGCAUCAAUUUGGCCAAGUGCAUGGUGGUACCCAUUGCUCCUCCAGAUGAGUAUAGGUCCCCCUCUCCUCUUGACAUCCCAGGACAUAAUUCUGGCUUCCCCAAGACAUCUUGGCUAUUGAAGAACCCUCAGUGGAGACUAGGUGUAUACAGAGUCUCAAGCGUUGGUUUCAAGAUACAGGACUCAAUGCAGAGUCAGUUAAUAUCUUCAUGUUUAGAGACUAUUAAAAACUAUCAUACAGCAGCCCUCAAGUUACAUAGAGAUCCUACUUCCUUGCGUACUCAUAAAGACAUCCAUUCCUUGUUUGCUUGCUUGGCUAAAAUGGCUAUUCUGACUCAACAACACAAGACCCACAUGGACCUAACUCCAACUCUUUCCUUCCUUGCUUCGAUUCCAUCUCUUGCCUCCACAUCCCUUGCAGCACUAGCAUGGAAAACAGUCUUCCUGCUUGCCAUGGCUGCCUUCCUCAGGCCCUCUGAUUUGAACUGCUUGCAGCUUACCUCGGCUUACCUCCAGACCAACACGGGAGCACUUGUGUUUGAUUUGCAUGCACCAAAGGAAUGCAGACGAGAUUAA